GUAUUCUAGAAAAGUAGAGAUAGAGAGAAGAAGGUGAGCCAAGAAUUAAGGUGUUUCUAAUUAAGGGAUUUGUUCUCUCUAAUCACGAUGGCCAACAAAGUUACAGUUCCUGUUUCACUGCACUCUCAUGCAUCCAAUGUUCCAACCCUCACUGGACCAAAUUUUUCGGAAUGGUCUGAGCAUAUUCAGUUCACACUGGGUGUAUUGGACCUUGAUAUGGCAUUACUUGUUGAAAAACCUGCGGACAUUAUUGAUGAGAGUUCCGAGGAACACUUGUUCAAUUUCAAUUCAUGGGAAAGGUCGAACAGGCUCAAUUUAAUGUUCAUGAAGAUGACCAUUGCGAAUAACAUCAAAACCUCCCUACCACAGAAUAUUAAUGCACUAGAAUACUUAAAGGCUGUGGAAGAUCGUUUUAAAUCUGCUGAUAAGUCACUCGCUGGCACAAUUAUGGCUGAAUUAACCACCAUGAAAUAUGAUGGUAGUCGUGGAGUUCAAUAGCACAUCUUGAAUAUGUCUGACAAAGCUGCAAAGCUUGCAACCUUGGGAAUGAAAGUGGAUGAGUCCUUCCUUGUUCAGUUUAUACUGAACUCACUUCCAGCACAGUUUGGUCCAUUCAAAAUUCACUAUAACACCAAUAAAGACAAGUGGAGUUUGAAUGAGCUAACCAACAUGUGUGUUCAGGAGGAAGUGAGAUUGAAAGGGGAAGGGCGUCACACCGCAUUGGCAGUGACUCAAGUUGCUAUGAAGAAAAAGGGUAAAGCAAAGA